AUGGCAACCUCCAGCACUGCCGCUCAAGUUGAGCUCAUCAACUCCCUGACCCAGGACGAGAUCCCCAUCAAACUUCGAUGUGCGAUCUGCAGCAGAUUAGCUGUCAACGCAUUUAGACUACCCUGCUGCGAACAAGCGAUCUGUGAAACCUGCCAGUCAAGUUUACCCUCAUCAUGUCCCGUGUGCGAGCAUACGCCGGUCUCUGCGGAAGACUGCAAGCCCAACAAGUCCUUGCGAACCACUAUCAAAGUUUUCCUAAGGACCGAAGAAAGGAAACGCGAAGCGCUACGGUCGAAGGAAGCCAAGGCCACGCCUCCAGCGACACCUGUCGAGAUUAAACCGGUCCUAGUUGAGCCGCCUGUCCCGAAUGAAACCCCCAUCGAAGCUCCUACCAGGGAGGAGUCUGCUACAAACGAAGUCAAAAUGGAAGGUACUCCAGCUACAGAGCAGCCAGACGAUGCCCCUCCAAACCCGGCGGAUGCGGAGCCCUUAACAGAAGCUCAGAAGGAUAUCCCUCAGCAGUCAAUUGAAGAGAUUGCGCCUGGUCAAGAGCCCAUCACAGAAGAAGGGGCAAACAGGACCGAUGAUGCGAUAAUCGAGAAGGAUCAAAAUGAGGUUACGGAGAAAGGGGAUGGCCAGAUGACGCAAACCGCCUCACAGGUUCCGGUGUUUGGAUUUGAUCCUACUGGUUCUGGAGGAUAUCCAGGCAUGGGCAUGGGGCCUGGAGGCGAUAUGAACCAGAUGCAACAAAUGAUGAUGAUGCAGAAUGGCAUGGGACCAGCUGCCUUUGGCAAUUUUCCAAUGAUGGGAAUGCCUGGAAUGAGCAUGGAUCCGAUGACGAUGCAGAACAUGUUUAUGAAUGGUGGAUUUGGUGCAGGCAUGGGCAUGAAUGGCAUGAACAUGGGAAUGGGUAUGGGUGGCUUCGAUGGCGGAAUGGGCGCUGGCUUCAAUAAUACAUGGAACGGACAACAAUCAUGGAAUGUCGGACCAGAUAAUUUCAAUCAUCCAAAUGCAGCAGGCAUUGGUCACGGUGACUAUGGAGCAAAUAACUCUGGAUACGCCUCUCAAUCUGCAGGGUAUAAUCAAGGUAAUUAUGGCCGCGCAAACCAGUACAAUGACUACCAGAAUAAUUUUGGCUACCGUGGUCGAGGUAGGGGUCGAGGAGGUUACGGUCGAGGUGGCUACGGCUAUGGCUCAAAUGAGGCCCUCUCACAGCAGUUUCCACAGCAGUAUGGUGCCGGUCAGCAACCCAAUGGACCUGUUAGUGAAACAGGAUCCAUUCCGACAGGACCUAAAGCUGAUACUAUCCCCACUGCUGACGCCACGGUUGAUGAAUUUGGUAGAGAAAUACGACAGAGGUCUGCAGCGAAUGAUGAUGAUCCUACCAAUACUGGAGAUGAUACAGCAGUUGACGCGCAAAAUGGCGAAAAGACUGCGGAGAAUAGAGACAGCACCGAGGCCCUGGCCCAGGGGGGAGCACCCGACACAGUUGUUAAUGGCAUCACAACUCUGCCCAUUCAAACAGUGGAUGGGUUGCAGCCGACCGGCUUCCCACCUACUGGCCCCAAUGGCCCUGGAUAUAACGCUGUAAAUGCCUUUGGCCCUGCUAGGGGUGGGUUUGGACAUGGCCAUUUCCGCGGGGGACGUGGCGGCGCUUUUGGCACUAUGCAUCCCGUGAAGCCUGUUGAUGUGCCCAUCAAUGCCCCCACAGGACCGAAAGCUAUGCGUGAGGGACUGCCGAAUACUAGCCUUCCCAACCUCAGAGCCCGAGGAUUUCCGGUAGCUGCCCCGGCUGGCCCAAGAGCUGAUUCUAAUCCUGUUGCGAAUGUAGCCCCGGAACCCUGUGACCCAGAAAGAAAAGAGAGAGAGAGCAGAUCACCGUCGAGAGAUAGGUCUAGGUCUCAUGAUAGGCAGAGAAGCCGGAGCAGAAGCAGAAGCAGGAGCAAGGAGAGACGCCAUCGCAGACAUCGACAUCGGUCAUCGUCACGAUCCGAAGAUGAGAGGGAAACCGAAAGACGAAGAGAACGUCGUCGAGAACGUCGCCGUCGCCGGGAAGAAGAGGACGAUCGUGGCGAUGAAUAUUCUGGCGAUAUUGUUGACAAUGAUAAGGCAGAGCGUGUAGAGGAGGACCGAUCGAGAUCCGCCUCGCCUUCGGAAUCAAGACGGUCAGGCCAUCGAAGCCGUCGAGAUAGGGACAAGUAUCGAGAUCGAGAGAGUGAUAGAGAGCACAAGUCGUCUUCCCACAAGCACCGCUCCAGUCGCCGCUCCCACCGCGAUGACAGGUCUAGAACCCGGGAUCGUGAUCGCGAACAUCGACAUCGCCACAGCCGUUAUGGCUCAGAAGAUAUCGAAGACACUACUGAGAGGGCUGAUAGAGUCGAGGACGAUGUCGCCGAGACGCCAGUCGAGCUAGAUGACCCAUCACGUAGACCAUCGGUCACUUCAAAUGCUGCUAAUGGUAUUGAAAUCAAGGGAGCUGGUUCCCGUAGCAAAAACCUACAGGAAGAUAUCAAGAUUCCCACUGGGCCGCGCAAGGACCGCAUCUCAUCUUCACACCAUGAACGGGGGAAGGAGAGACCAUCUAGCCAUCGCCACCACCGGGAAGAGGACGCUACACAUCGCUCCUCACGCCAUCGCGACUCCGACCGAUCUUCUGGUCGAGACCGGGAACGCGAGAAAGAAAAAGAGAAAUCAAGUUCCAAAACCUCAUCCGCACCAGCAGUCCAAGACCCUCACACGCUUGAACGCGAAGCUCGGAAUCGAGAACGGCUACUAAAAGAAGCCCAACGGAUUGCUGGACUUACAGCCGGCUUGGGAAGUAGAAAACGGAGUCGUGACGAAGGUGAUGGCGGACGUAACGGAAGGAAGAAAGGUAGGAGAGGUGGAACGUUCGCUGAGGAUGACGAGGAGGCUAGAAUUUCCCGAUUGGAGGCCGAACGAGAGGGUGAAAGGUGGGCAUAG